GUAGAAUGGAAGUUUUAUUGAGCUUAACCCUGAUCUUUGGAGUUUGUAUUGUAUUCAAAAACUGGAUAGCUGCUUUUAUAAUAAGGUGGAAAUAUUCUAAAUAUUCCAAUGUUUACAUGAGCCCAAGCUUCUCUCCGAUUCAAGGUGAGAGAGCAGUUAUUAAAGCCCAAGGAAAACAAAAGUACAGAUUUUGGCACUUGAUGGAAGUUGCUAUGAAAAAGCCAGAUUGAGAUAUUAGAAUAGUGUUCUCAGGAACAAAGCCUCUGUUCCUCAUUUACUCAGCUCAGGCAUGAAAAGAGUUUUUUAAGUUAGUUCCCACCAGAAUUGACAGGCAUUCUAACCAUCUCAAACACUUUGGGAGAAUGAAUAAAGGAGCUAUUGACCAAAUCAAAAGCAGUCCAAUGUGGAAAUCGAGAAGAGAUAAAAUUAUGAAGGUUAUCGGAAUUAACUUCUCAACAAAGUUCAUUCCCUUGAUCCUUGACUCUUUUCAUGAAAUUUCAGCUACAUGGAGGGAAAACCAAUGGUUUAAUAUAACCAAUCAGAUGAAGAAGGUUAUGUUUUCAGUGACCACAAAAAUACUUUUUGGAAAAGAUAUUCCGGUCGAAAACGCAUAUACAUAUAUUACGUCUUGUGGGGAUACUAUUCACAUUACUCUGGAGGAAUAUUUCUCUAAGCUAAUCGAAGAUCUUGAGAAAUCUUCUGCUUUAAUCAAGAAUAGACUCUGCCCUUAUUUGUCAAAGGCUGGACUCACAACAAGCAAUAAGGCGUGAGAGCAAAACAUCGAGAAUCUAUGGGAAAUCCUGCUAAAAAUUUGUCAGUCUUCAGAAGACCAGGAUUCAGUCUUCAAGCAUAGAACAAAUGUAUGAUACGAUAAGAAGAUAGUCCUCAUGGACAUCAUAACUGUCUAUAUUGCAGGCUAUGAUCCAACCUCCCAUGCCUUAGCAAGCAUCCUUUUUAAUAUCAAGGCCAAUGAGAGAGUCUUUACCAAGGUUAUGAAGGAGGUGAAGAGCAAUUACGAUAGAAAUGAAAAAUCGAUCGAUGCAAAAAGAAAAAUGUUAGACUCUUGUGAAUAUCUUGAUAUGACAAUAAAGGAAUCACUGAGACACAGUAAUCCUGCUUUCUUUUCUCUUGGCUACAAAAGCUUGGAUGAGAUCUCCAUCUGUGGGGUUACAAUUCCAAAAGGAGCUACAAUUUUUCAAUGUUUGCAUGCACUUCAUUAUAACUCAAAUGAGUGGAUAAAUCCAAUGGAAUUUAUUCCAGAGAGAUUCGAUCCAGAUAGUCAUUAUUUCACAACACCAAGUAGUAAUGGUACAAAACAAAGAAGUAGAUACAGUUAUAAUCCGUUCUCAACAAAUCUAAGGAGAUGUCCUGGAAAGAACCUCGCAAUGCUUGAACUCAAGUUAAUAGUUGCUGAGUUUUUAUCAAAAUUCAAUUAUACCAUCUCCCCAGAACAGAUAUCUAACAAAUAUCUCAGAUUUUCCCUCAGAUCUCAAUUUUCCUGAAUUAUCUCCAUCACUGGCACCAUUUAACUAAAAAACAAUUUGUCAUAAUUCAAC